AUGUCUAGCAGGAACAACCAACGACGAACAUCAGAAGACUCGAACAUGCCUGUCUACCACAAACUUCCAGAGGCCAUCGACUAUGAUUAUCCAGAUGCCAACCCGUACCCACGACGUGGCAGGUCGGCAGCCCCAGAUUUUGAUAGAGACCGGCGCGAGGCUCAAGUACGAUAUGAUUUUCACCAAAAUCCAGUCUACCGCCCGGGGAACGACAAUUUCGACCCUCUUCCACAUGAGCAUGCAGGGCGACCUCGCUACGUUCAAGACCCUAAUGAACCAAUUCGAGGUUGUUCCCGAGGUCGUGGGCAGAGGGUGCCGCGACAAAAGGCCGACUACCAGAAGUACCGCGGAGAAGGUAGAUCUCUAUCUCGAGUUGACCAGGCCCAAGAUUAUUCUAGAGAACCUCGAUUCGUCCCGGAUCUUGAUGAAUCACCUCGAGCUCGUCAACACUAUCGCGAAGAUACACGUCCACCGCAGCAUCCCCGUGGAGAAGUCCUACAUGGACGGGCACUAAGCCAUCAGCUUCAUCAAGAUGACGGCUCAAGAGAACGCGACGAAAAGUGGGGAAGGUUUAGGAAUCGCGAAGGUCCUCAUUACAUAAAGGGCCAGCACCCGGAAGGAACACGGGGGCGGGAGGACAUUUGGCCGCUGGAAAAUGACCGUAAAGGAGUGCAUCGUGGAAGGGCAUCAAGCCAGCAGCCUCGUCAUGGUGUUGAUUCGAGAGAACGAGAUCCAUACUCUCAAGGCGUAACGGAUUAUGACGAUCAAGAUCCAAGUUUCCAUGGAGACAAACAUCUUGAAAAAUCAAGUCAUGAAUUCCCACGGGUAGAAGAGGCCUGGCUCCCUCGAUCACAAAGUCAUUGUGGAUCAAGGCAACCAAUCCUGCGGAACGUCGAACACGAAGCCCAGCUGGAACAAGAUCAAGACGGUUUCCUGGGUGUUCCGGAGAUUCGACCCCGUCGAGAACGAAGCCUCAGUGAACAACGGGAGGCUCCAGAGUUUGGUGAUCUCCGGUCCCUUCGCCGAGCAAGAAGCCUCAGUGGGACAAGGCACCCAGUUGCGGGUCGGGGACACGCUCUCGACGACAUCGGCCGCUGUUAUCCAAAUCGUCAAGAACUGAUCACAUUCGAAAUCAAUAAUCGCUGCCAGGACCAUCAAGUGUAUGUCCUUGAGGCUCUUCCACCAAGUUCCUACGAUUCUGCAUGGCUAGGAUCUGCGAAGCGACAUCGCAAAAGCCAGGCGCAGCUUGUUUGGCAUCCGAAAACCGCCAGGUUCACGCGGAAGCGAGAGACACAGCGAGAUAUGAUCAAUAAAGCCUUACGCGCCAUCUUAUCAUGA